GCCGUUGAAUCACGCAUUCCUCUGACAGUUACCACUCCGAAACGCCGUGCUGUACGCGAGGGUUGUUUUGUUCUAUUUAAUUGUUUACUAUUACAAUUACAAUUCUAAACACACUAAGUUAAACUGCAAUAUUGUAUCGUUUGAAUAAAUUUUUUUAUUAACGUGAUAAUUUACGGUGAUAUUUGUUGAAAUAGUUAUUGUUAUUAUUUAUUGAUCACGUGGUUCUUAUAAUUAUAACUUUGGUUAUUAUUUUAAGUGAUUAAUGAUUGUUUGUUUGUUUGUUUUACCAAUCGUUAUAAAUUGGGCAAUAUUUGUUUAACAAAAAUUUAUAAAUAAUGGCGCAAACUUGUAAUCAAAAGAGGAAUGUUUACAGCAUUGAUCAGAUUUUGGGCCACGCUAAAGAUGAAGAUCAUGCAAAUCUACUGGAGUCUGUACGCAACGUGAGAGGAUCUGGAGACUCGGAUAUCCCGGAUUUCAAAGAAUUACCAGCUUUAUCUGAUUUGCCAGAAAUGAAUGAUAUGGAUCGACCUAAAAAAAUACGGAGAUCGCGAACUACCUUCACCACUCAUCAGCUUCAUCAGUUGGAGAAGGCAUUCGAGAAAACCCAGUACCCUGAUGUUAAUUAUAGAGAAGCGCUUGCAUCCAACUUGGAACUUUCAGAAGCACGGGUUCAGGUGUGGUUUCAAAAUCGGCGAGCGAAAUGGCGCAAAAAAGAAAAAACCAUGGGACGUGACCCGAGUUAUAUGCAUGUUGGUCAAGAUAUGAACGAUUUGUCUCUUGCUCCACCAUUGAUGCACAAUCCAUCUACUCCAACUGCAGGAUUUCCAUGGUACAUGCCAUCUGUAUUUUCACCUUGGAUGUCACCGGCAAAUACUUCGAAAAUACCAGCACCUCUUCAAGCUGCACUACUGUCUCAAUACAUGGGAUUGUCAUCCUUAAAUUCUCUUCUUCCUGUUGGUUUUAACUCAACCGGUGUACUAGGCCAUUCACAGCUUCAGCACCAGCCCCAGCAGCAACCGCAACAUCAACGUGAUCAGCUGAAUUCACAGCUUCAGCAAAUUCAUCCGCUGCUUUUGGAUGUGCAGAACAUUCCGCAAAAUUUAAGUUCCAAACAUGAUCGCGAUGAUGAUUCAACGUCAUCCGAGGAUGAAAUAAGAAGGCAGAGUGCUCAAGUACUGAGGGUUAAAGCCGAAGAAGUCAUCAGAAAAUCUGGAAACUAAAAAUCAAGAUACGGGAUUUAUUUUUCGCUAAAAAUACUGGGAGUUCAAUAAAUAAACAAUUAUGUGAGUGAAAAAUUUACCAAAGACAAAACAGCGUUGAUUAAGGACAUAGAUAACGAUGAUGAUCAUCGUUACAAUAAUUGAUGAUAAAGUGAAUUAUUAACUUAUUUAAUUGAAAGUUAACAGAGUUAUAGAUUUUGUGAUAAAACUUUAUGUGUGAAUAAACAACUGAUAACAGUUCUCAUACUUCUGUUAGUGAUGUUUAUAGUGUUGCAAUCUGUUUUUAGUCAAAUCCGAUCGAUCAUGGUUCAAAGAGUAUAAA